GAUGCCGACUGCCGUGAAACCCCAGAAGAAGAAAAGAUAGAAAAGGAAGAGGAAAAAGGAGCUCAGUGUUAUUGAUCACGUGAGCUAUGAGGAAGAUACCGGGCGCAGCUUGGUUAUCUUCCUACGUCACUUGGCCGCUUAGGGGUUAAACAGCCAAUAACUACGAGCUAACGUUAACGUCACGCCUCGUCUAUGUGCAUUUCCGCCAGGAGGGAAGAUGUCGGACCAUACGCUGCAGUACUUCAUCAGGCUGCGUCACUUACAGAGGAGGGACGCUGCUGACGUCACGUGGUCGCACGCGGUCAACAGCUGGAGCAGGCUGACGGAGGCUCUGACAGGUCCCACUCACAUGAUGGAGGCGGACGUAAUAAUCCGAGGCGGGGACCCCAAAGAGCCCAUCAUGGCCCACCCCCCGGACACAGACAGCGACGUCACACUGAAGGAGUGGCUGGAAGCAGUGGGGGGUUCUGACAAGGGGAUAAAACUAGAUUUCAAGAGGCCGACAUUGGUGUGCUCUCCAUGCAGCCUGGAGGCGGUGUCUCCAUCCGUCCUUCUUCUGGAGGAGGUGUAUCGGUCCAACCGUCCUGUGUGGAUCAACGCCGACAUCCUCUCUGGUCCUGGGGGGGUGGCCACACCUCUGGAACCCGUGGCUUUCCUUUCUUCUGUGAGCACGCUCCCUUCACACACCGUGCUGUCACUGGGCUGGACGACGGGGUGGACGCCGGGAACUGACAACGCAGGCUACAGCUGGGAUAUGGUGCGUACGAUGGAGGAGACCUGUAGAGCCCUUAAACACCCCGUCACCUUCCCGGUGCGUGCAGCUCUCCUGGCCCCGUCAUUCUCCCAGCUCUCAUGGCUGCUCCAGCAGUCAGACAGGUACACUCUGACAGUGUGGACCGGCAAGGAGGACAAGUUCUCACCACAGGACCUACUGGCCUAUAAAGCAGACUUUGACAGCAGUAGGAUCUACUACGACUUGUAGAAGGCCACGAGGCCGGAGCGCAGCCACUUGAUGUCAAGAAUCCCCUCCCCGGGAAGGAGAUGGCAGACAGCAACUCUCUAAUGCCCCCUGUUGGAAACAACUUCUUUCUCUGUAGUCCAGGUUAGUUUUGUUUAUGUGUAGGCAUUGGCUGCAGAAGACCAAAUGUAACCUUUGCAGCAAUACGCACAGCUGAGCUCAAUUAUUAGAUAUUAACUAAGGUGGAGUGUUUAUUACAGUUUUUUACAGUCACUAGGACACAUUUCUCAAUACUUAGGUCACUUUUUCAAAACUAUUCACACAGUUCUCCUAACCAGCUUUCAGCUCGCCACAGCAGUUCAUUUCACAUUCAAAAUGCACUAAAACCACCUUCUGCACUAAAAACACUUCAGUCUCAAAUCAACUCAUUGUUCCAGAACACUAGCAAAGGUUGACAUCCAACAAACACACUUUGUCACCCACAAAACAAUGACCUAAAAAACACUAACAACAUAUAGCAUUAUACAAUGUUUUCUUGUGUAAAACAUCUGUUUAAAUUCACUGUAACAUAUGUAACUGGAAUUAAUCAGACAGGACGCAGAAUGCUUCAAUAUAUUUUAUGUCUUUUAUUAUUUUUUGCACUGAGUAAUUCCAAAAUACUAGAAUUUGUAUCCACACCAUCCACUGAUACAGAUACAAUAGUAAUGCUGAUCUACUCGGUCUUCUCUAUCUGGCCACAGGUUCUCAUCCACAUCACAUCUUAUGUAAUCUAGGGCAAUACACCUAGGAAAGAACCUUCUGGUAUGCAGCAUCCAGCAUUUAUUGGGUCCAGGAGGGACAUUUGAUCAUGUGGAUGGUGGUCAUAAACCUUCCACCUCCAUGAGGAAAAGAACUCCUCUAUGGGGUUGAGGAAUGGAGAGUAAGGUGGGAGGGAAAGUGACACCAUUCUGGGAUUUCAGCUGAUUUCUUCUCUCUGCAUCCCUUUCCUCACCAAGCACAAGCCUUCCAUGGAGAUCAUGCAGGAACAUAAGGAGACGUUCAGGGUUGUAUGGGCCAAUCAGUGGUUUGUGUAAGAGAGUCCAUCAGUGGCUAUUGCUGUUGCACAUUGUGAUGUUCAUUCACUUUUGUAAUGAAAUUGAAAGAGUAACACCUGUGUAGAUGUUCAUCUACAAUGAGAAAUUGGCCUGUAGGUACACGGAGUGAGAAAAGAAAUGAUGUCAUUUCAAAGAUGUAGUCAUUGAAUGCAUCAUUGAAUGCAUUUUGUGCCAAAGCAAUGAUAAUUGAUCCUCAGUUUUGCCCACAUAUACUUCUGUUGCGCUCACUGUGUGAAGAGAUUUGAAAAAGUAAUCUAAGUAUUGAGAAAUGUGUCCUAGCGACUGUAAAAAACUGUAAUGACAAAAAGGUUUAGUAGGACUUUUUGACCCCUGGCCUUUUGCUGCAUCCUCUUCAGCUGCAGAUACAGAGGAUGUUUGGUUAAACUAAUAAAGGCAUCCAGAAUCUGGAAUUCUGUACCACUCAAAAGUU